AUGAAAUUCAAUAAACAUGUCAGCAGUUCUCGAAGGAAAGCCAGGCGGCGUUAUUUCAAUGCCCCUUCGCACAUCCGCCGUCGGUUGAUGAGCGCUCCCCUCUCAAAAGAGCUAAGGGCAAAGUACAAGGUCCGCAGUAUGCCCAUCCGCAAAGGCGAUGAGGUUCAAAUCGUUCGUGGAGAACGGAAGGACACGACGUCUGCCAAAGUCGUUCGGGUGUACAGAAAAAAAUUUGUGAUCCAUAUUGAAAGAGUACAGUGUCGUAAAAGCAACGGCGCUUAUGUUCCAAUUGGCAUCCACCCAUCCAACGUUGUUAUCCAUAAACUGAAACUGGAUAAGGAUCGCAGAAACCUACUGGAACGGAAGGCUGCGGGCAAGCUGGCUGGUGAGGACAAGAAUAAAUAUACCGAGGAAACGAUCGAGUCUUAG